UAGUGUAUUUAAGGCCCAACCCAGGCUAUAGGGAGAAGUGGCCCUGACACGGCCCAGCCAUGGGGGACACCUUCAUUCGCCAUAUCGCCCUCCUGGGCUUCGAGAAGCGCUUCGUUCCCAGCCAGCACUAUGUGUACAUGUUCCUGGUUAAGUGGCAGGACCUGUCGGAGAAGGUGGUCUACAGAAAAUUCACUGAGAUCUACGAGUUCCAUAAAAUGCUAAAGGAGAUGUUCCCCAUCGAGGCUGGCGAGAUCCACACAGAGAACAGAGUCAUCCCGCACCUCCCGGCACCCAGGUGGUUUGAUGGGCAGCGAGCUGCUGAGAACCGCCAGGGCACGCUCACUGAGUACUUCAAUGGCCUCAUGGGACUGCCCGUGAAGAUCUCUCGCUGCCAACACCUGUUGGACUUCUUCAAAGUGCGGCCUGAUGACCUGAAGCUGCCCACUGACAGCCAGGUGAAGAAGCCAGAGACGUACCUGAUGCCCAAAGAUGGCAAGAAUAACGUAGCUGACAUCACAGGCCCCAUCAUCCUUCAGACCUAUCGGGCCAUCGCUGACUAUGAGAAGAGUUCAAAAACGGAGAUGACCGUGGCAACUGGAGAUGUGGUGGACGUCGUGGAGAAAAGCGAGAGUGGCUGGUGGUUCUGUCAGAUGAAAACAAAACGAGGUUGGGUUCCUGCAUCUUAUCUGGAGCCCCUUGACAGUCCCGACGAGUUGGAGGAUCCGGAUCCCAACUACGCAGGUGAGCUAUAUGUAACCAUCAAAGCCCUCCGGCUCUGUGCACACACCCCUCGGGACUGCCUGAGCCUCCAAUGUGACCCAUCUUGCAGGAAAGGGGAUACCACCGGCUACUACCCAUCCAUGUAUCUGCAGAAGGCUGGGGAGGAGAUAACCCAGGCCCAGCGACAGAUCAGAAGCCGUGGGGCACCACCUCGCAGGUCCACCAUCCGCAACGCACAGAGCAUCCACCAGCGUUCUCGGAAGCGCCUCAGCCAGGACACCUAUCGCCGCAACAGCGUCCGAUUCCAGCAGCAGCGCAGACGCCUGGCACGACCCGGGCCGCAGAGCACGGAUGGCAUAAAGGGCAAUCCAUUGACUCCACGCGCCAAACCACAGCCCGCGGUGCCUCCACGGCCCAGCUCGGAUCUCAUUCUGCACCGCUGUACAGAGAGCACCAAGCGGAAGCUGACAUCCGCUGUGUGAGGGGCGGCGGCCCUAGAAGGCGUCCUAUCUCUAUCCUUGUAUAUACUUGUAUAUAGCCUUAGGUCAGAGGCUCCUCCUCUGCCUUAAGGUUUGGUUGAA